UGGACUGCUGCCCAUAAAUAGCUCUGCAUGAUAAACCGGCUCUUUUGGACAAAUAAGAGAUGGAACUGGUACUUGUGCUCCUCCUGCUUGUUACAACGGUGUCUGGGUGUGGUGUACCCAGCUACAAGCCCAACACCGGCCGCGUGGUGAAUGGGGAAGAAGCCCGUCCAUACAGCUGGCCAUGGCAGGUUUCUCUGGAGUCAUUCUUCCCCACUUGUGGUGGAACUCUAAUUGCUCCUGACUGGGUCUUGACUGCUGCACACUGCAUCACAUUCCACACAUACAGGGUGGUUCUUGCUGAGCAUGACAUGAACAAGGAGGAGGGACCUGAACAGUCCAUUAUGGUGGCGAAAAUGUUCAUCCACCCCAAAUGGAACGACAACUGUGUGUCUUGUGGGAAUGACAUUGCCCUGCUAAAGCUGGAGAAAAGUGCUGUUAUCAAUGACAAGGUCCAGCCGGCUUGCCUGCCACAGCAUGGUGCCACUCUCGCCCACAACCAGCCCUGCUAUGUCACAGGCUGGGGUCGUCUCUCCUCCGGUGGUCCUCGGGCGACUACACUCCAGCAGGCCCUACUCCCUGUGGUGGAUCACACUGUCUGCAGUCAAAGUGACUGGUGGGGCAGCUCAGCAAAGACAACUAUGGUCUGUGCAGGAGGAGAAAGCAAGUCAGCCUGCCACGGCGACUCUGGAGGCCCACUGAACUGUGAGGGCAGAGAUGGUAAGUGGUAUGUGCAAGGAGUGACCAGUUUUGUGCACGGAAAGGGCUGCAAUACUCCAAAGAAACCCACUAUGUUCACCCGUGUGGCCACUUUCAUACCCUGGAUCAGUGAGACCAUGGCCAAAAACUGAAAAAGUCCCCACGACCAAAGAAGUGACUGGACAAUAAACUGUAUAAUGACAUUAUA